AUGGUCGACAUACUGAACGCGACUCUAGGGUACCAGGAGAUCCAAGUGGUCUCCAUGCCCGAGCGCAUUGAUAAGCGAGACGCCUUUGCGGUGAUGGCCAGCGUUACUGGGAUCGACUACAACAUCACAGACGGUGUGGUCGGUGAUACAAUUUCCGCCAAAGCUCUCCCGCACACCAUGCAACAGGAGCCGAAGACUCUAGCUGCUGGCGAGCCCACCUGA